CGGCUCUCUCUGCCUUCCCCUCUCCUCCUCUCUCCCGCUCCUUGCAAAGCUUUCAGUUUCACUGCCUUUUCAGCUUCCCUUUUUCCUUCAUUUUGCACCCCCAUUACUCUUUAGCUUUCCCGUGUUUAUAUUCCUACUCCUUAGCAUCACAGCCUUUUUUUUUUUUUUUUUUUUUUUAUCUCAGCACCUUGAAAAAGAAAAAAAAAUUCUAGCGUCUCUCCAUUUGUCAACUAACCAUCACCAAAAAUGUCACCAGAAUUCGUGUUUGAGUGUUUUCCCUUCAUUUCUCGUACUGGGUCUUCGCCAUUUUUCAGUAUGGAGGUCGUUCUCUGCCUCGUUCUCUUUGUUUCCAUUUUCUCCUUUUGGUUAGCUCCAGGAGGCCUUGCUUGGGCCUUGUACAAGACAAAGUUUAAUGUUCAAUCCCGAACAGCUAUUCCUGGCCCUGCAGGUUGGCCUUUCAUUGGGAUGGUCUUGGCUUUUACUGGUUCCUUGACUCAUAGAGUUCUUGCUAAAACCUCUCAGCUGGUCAAAUCGAAGUCGUUGAUGGCCUUUUCUGUGGGCUUCACUCGCUUCAUUAUCUCUAGCCAUCCUGAAACGGCUAAAGAGAUCUUGAACAGCUCAGCUUUCGCUGAUAGACCUGUCAAAGAAUCCGCUUAUGAGCUUUUAUUCCAUAGGGCAAUGGGCUUUGCACCUUAUGGGGAGUACUGGAGGAAUUUGAGGAGAAUAUCAGCUACCCAUUUGUUUAGCCCUAAGAGAAUCGCUUCUUUUGGCCACUUUAGGGCAGAUAUAGGGCAAAAAAUGGUGGCUGAGAUAAAGGGGUUAGUGGAGAGAGAUGGCGUGGCUGAGGUUAGGAAGGUGUUGCACUUUGGGUCACUAAACAAUGUCAUGAGAAGUGUUUUUGGGAGGAGUUAUGAGUUCAAUGAUCACAAUAAUAUCGAUGCCUGUGAGCUUGAGGGUUUGGUGAGUGAAGGCUAUGAAUUACUUGGAAUUUUUAACUGGAGUGACCAUUUUCCUUUCCUGGGUUGGUUGGAUUUGCAAGGAGUGAGGAAGAGGUGUAGAAAGCUGGUCUCAAGAGUGAAUGUUUUUGUAGGGAAGAUCAUAGAGGAACACCAGGUGAGGAGGGCUGAGAAUGGAGGAGGUGUUGAUGAAAAUUCAGGUGACUUUGUUGACUUGUUGCUAGAUUUACAGGAGGAAAACAGGCUCAGCGACUCUGAUAUGAUUGCUGUUUUAUGGGAAAUGAUCUUUAGGGGUACUGAUACAGUGGCAAUCCUUCUUGAAUGGAUUCUUGCAAGAAUGGUUCUACACCCAGAUAUCCAAGCCAAAGCCCAGUCUGAAAUCGACACUGUCGUGGGCACUAGCCGGCCAGUAUCCGAUUCUGACCUGCCUAAUCUCCCUUACCUCCGUGCCAUUGUGAAAGAAACAUUAAGAAUGCACCCACCAGGUCCUCUCCUCUCCUGGGCUAGGUUAGCCAUCCAUGACACCCAGAUAGGCCCCCAUUUUAUCCCUGCCGGCACCACUGCUAUGGUCAACAUGUGGUCUAUAACCCACGAUGAGCAGUUCUGGUCGGAGCCGGAGGAAUUUAAGCCGGAAAGGUUCAUGGAGGAAGAUGUUGCCAUCAUGGGUUGUGAUCUCAGGUUGGCUCCCUUCGGUUCAGGUAGAAGGGUUUGUCCUGGUAAGGCUAUGGGCUUAGCAACUGUGGAGCUUUGGCUUGCUCAACUGCUCCAGAAUCUGAAUUGGGUAGCUGGUGAGUCUGCAGUCGAUUUGUCUGAAAUCCUGAAGCUCUCCCUGGAGAUGAAGAACUCCCUGGUGUGCAAAGCUGUGCCUAGGGUUUCUGUUUGAUACAUACAUAAUAUGGAUGUCAUCAAAGCUUGGCUUGGCUUGGCUUGCUUUUAAAUCUCCUCUGAAUUUUGAAAGCUCUGGAAUGGGGGAGAUUAAAAAAACAAACCCAAUAAUUAAACUAAGUUAGUUUGUCUUGUGGGCGUUAAUUAGGUUUUUGUGCAAGGAAGUGGGUUGGUUUUCUAGUAUUUGGAUGUUUUUGUGAAAAAAGAUCCUUGUUUAAUAUGUUAGGUCUUGGCUUUCUGUGUAAAACCCUAAUAUGUCGACUAAGCAUGAAAACUUUCCUUUCGCUUGUGUAUACAAGUUUGUCAUUUGACGUAAUGCAGUAUAUGAUCAGUUUGUA